AUGGAUCUAAACGGCACACUAACGCAGAGCGAUUUGUUCAAGUUGCGCGCUUUUACGCAGGAACUUGUAGCGCGGGGGAACCACUCUAACGGAACCGAACCCGCACCUCUGGACGAUCUAGACGUCAAUACGGACAUUUACUCCAAACUGCUGGUCACUGUGAUAUACGUGGUUCUGUUUAUCGUGGGCUGCCUCGGAAACUCGAUCACCCUGUACACACUCCUGACCAAGAGGUCCUUGCAGAACCUGCAGAGCACGGUGCAUUACCACCUGGCGAGCCUGGCAGUGUCCGACCUGCUCAUCCUGCUGCUCAGCAUGCCGGUAGAACUCUAUAACUUUAUAUGGGUGCACCACCCGUGGGCAUUCGGUGCAGCCGCUUGUAAGGGUUACUAUUUCCUGCGUGAUGGCUGUUCCUAUGCCACUGCUUUUAACGUGGCGAGUCUGAGUGCUGAGCGCUACAUGGCAAUCUGUCACCCGUUCAAAGCCAAGAGCGUGAUGUCGCGCAGCCGCACCAAGAAGCUCAUCAGCGCCAUGUGGGCAGCAUCGUUCCUGCUUGCAACCCCCAUGCUCUUCACCAUGGGUCAGAGGACUGUGGAUGCUGAACCCAUCUGCACCACCAUCGUUUCCCUAGUCACAGCCAAAACUGUGUUACAGGUGAAUGCAUUCCUGUCAUUUAUCGUCCCCAUGGCUCUGAUCUCGACGUUAAACGGCAUCAUUGCCAGCCAGCUGCUGCGUAUGUUCCGAGAGGCUGCUCAGGACAACCGCGUCUGCAUCGUCGGGGGUAAUUCCACUAUGCUGAGUGUUGCUGUGGAGCCCAACCGGGCCCAGUCUCUGCGCCAUGGUGUCAUGGUGUUACGUGCUGUGGUUAUUGCUUUUGUGGUGUGCUGGCUGCCCUAUCAUGCCCGGCGACUGAUGUACUGUUAUGUGACUGAUUGGACUGACACACUCUAUGAUUUCUACCACUACUUCUACAUGGUCACCAACGUGCUGUUUUACGUCAGCUCGGCUAUCAACCCUGUUCUUUACAACCUGGUUUCGUCCAACUACCGACAAAUCUUUUUUUCCACGCUGAGCCACUUCUGCCUGCCCUGUCGUCGCAGAAAACAAACCCACAUGCUCACCAGGCACUCAAUCAGCAUCUGCAGCAACCACACUUUAUCCACCAACGUUAUCAAAGAAACCAUCUACUGA